CUUUCAGCCGUUCAGCAGAAUUAUUAUAAUAAAAUUGAAAAAGAAAUUACUGCCGCUGCGUUAGCAUAAUUUAAUGAUCGAACGAAGAAAAUGCUAUUAAGACAUUACGUGUUAGUGAUCGGUGUUCUUCUAUCCACUUUAAAUCAAGUAAAAGUUGACUACGCAAUCGGAGUAAUAAGUCAAGAUUCCAAUGAUAAUUCAAUAAUUGACAGUACCAUCCCCGAAGUAACUGAAGCUGCAAAUGAAAGGCAGGCGACAGUUUUUGAUCUGCCAACAGUAAUAGAUGAAGAUGAGCUAUUGCAGGAGACUGGCCUAUAUAUGCUGGAUAUUAUGAAUUUAACUAUCGAUCCAUGUGAAAAUUUCUAUGAAUACGCCUGCGGAAAUUGGCGAUAUAGCUUACGAGUACCAGCCGAAUCUCGAAAUGAUUCACUUUUGCGUGCAAUAUCGAAAAAAAUUAAGCAAAAAAUUAUUCAAUUCUUGUAUAACGCAACGGACGAAGAGCUAAAUCGAACAACGGCUGAAGCCAGAGCUAAACUUUUCUUUCAGAGCUGCUUAAGUCCGCAAGAAUUAAGUGCAGGUGUUAAGUCUUUGAUGGCUGCCGAGGACGAGUCAUUUGAACGAUUACAAUUAGAAGAAAACGAAAAAGAUGCUUGGAUGAAAGUCAACUUUCUCUCGCAAUACGAAAUUUAUCCCCUGUUGCCUGUAUUUGUCAACUACAGUCAUGUGCAUCGAGAGUUUGAAAUAUCCAUAAUACCACCUGUUGCGUUCUUGAAAACUCGUAAAAAUGACACAAACUUUUUACACUUAAUGCAAAGUAGUCAAGAAGAUUUCAAAGUUAUUUUGGAUUUCGAAGCUAAUCUAACCUCCAAAGUUAAAUCACUUAAGAAAACAGAACACUUUCCAUUAAAUGAGUUUUUGCGGAAGCAUCAAAACGAUGCAGUUAAUUGGACAAAAUUUAUCGAAAUUGGUUUCAAUGGUCACGCGCAGGAUAAUUGGAUUAUUAAUAAUAAAAUCGCGAAUUUCACGAGCUUAGAGCGAUUUCUACGUAAAUCGAAAAUCGAAACUCUGCGCAAUUAUAUUAAAUGGCGUACCUUAUUGAAUUUUUACGGUAUUUGGGGCCUGGAAGUUGAAAAUGAUUCACACAGAGAAAAAAUUUGUUUAUUCCAUACUGAGACUUAUUUCAGUUACGCUCUGGUGCCAUGGUUUAGUGAAAUAUUCUUUGAUAAUGAACGUCGAGAAGAUACCCUAAAAUUGGCCGACUCUUUAAGGACACAUUUUAAAGAAAUUGUUGACGCGGCCCGAUGGCUUGAUAGAAAGACUAAGUCUGAAGCUAUGGCCAAAUUAGAUUCAAUGGAUUUAUCAGUCGGCUAUAGUGAUGAGAUGCGCCAUCGCGAAGUGCUUGACCAAGUCUAUGGGUAUUUAAAUAUAUCGAAUGAUUGGUACAAUAAUCUUAUGCAGCUAGAAAUAAAUCGCGCCCGGUUGCGUAAAAGUUCAGUACAUAAAUUCGUAUUACCUCCUCUGCUCUCGCCUUACAGUGUCAAUGCCUAUUACGCUGAUUUCAUUAACGCGGUUUUCGUCACUAUUGGGAUCGCGCAAAUGCCCUUAUAUCAUAUUAGCUUUCCGUCCUCGCUAAAAUUCGGUGGUACUGGUUUGAUGAUCGGUCACGAAAUAUGUCACGGCUUCGAUACAAAUAGUUAUCGUUAUAAUUACGAUGGGAAAGCUGAACAAUGGUGGUCGUUCCAAGCACAACUCACUUAUCGGCAGUUCCGUCAAUGCUUAGAAAAUCAGUAUAAUAGAUUCAUUUAUCGUGGCGUGAAGACAAACGCAACACAAACAAUGCCUGACAAUAUAGCCGAUAAUAUCGGUGCACGAUUGGCUUAUGCGGCAUAUAAUCGUCGUGCCGGAACUAUUGAAGGCAAUAAAAAGCCUAUAAAAGCUAUGAAUUUCACCAAUGAUGAGUUGUUUUUCAUUAAAUUGGCUCAGACAUUUUGUAUUGGACGUGACGAUGCCUACAAAAUGGAACAUAUUGUAACUGAUUCUCAUGCCUAUGGUGAAUUUCGUGUACUUGGCAUAUUACAUAACAUGCCAGAGUUUAGUUCAACUUUUAAAUGUAAAUUUGGUUCAGAAAUGAAUCCUUUUAAGAAAUGUAUGUUAGUGUGA